AUGAGUCAAUUUAUCGAGGGAAUCGAGUGCAGAGAUAGAAAGUUCAGACAAACUCAGUGCCUGGACGGAGAAUGCUUUUGCGUCGACGAAGUUACUGGAGAUGAGCUUUUGCCAAUCAGGCGAAUUCCAGAUGAUGGUCGGCGUUACUUAGAAUGCAGUCGAAAUCUGCCAUGCUUGGACUUUUGGUAUGGGAGUUCAAAAAACGAUGUGGUUUUUGAAUGCGACGCAGGGGGAUCUUAUACGAGCACGCUUAUUGAUCUCCAAACUGGACGAAUUUGGGCGAUUUUUGGGGAAGAAAAAGAAGCUGAGGAAGAAGAAGAAGGGGUCGAUUCUAGAGUUGGUUUCGCUGAAUAUGAAGAAGAGGAGGAAGAAGAAGUUGAAAUCGUCGAGGUUGAGGAUGAUGGUGGCGUUACUCAAGAAUGGGAUGCUUACUGGGAUUUUUACUGGGCAUGA